AAUGUCAAAGUGUUGACGUGAGGUGUGCUGGAAAAUGUAAAUUACCCACGAAAAAGUCCAGAAUUUUCAUCCUAAUCCCAAACUGUGUUACCCAAAAAUAGUUAAAAAUGAACCAGGACACUCCAGAGCAGGGUGCUUCUGGUGAAAAGAAGACAAGCAGCCCCUUCGAGGCCAUGUCUCGGGAUGAGCUAAUGAGAAAAUGCAAAUUCCUCCUGAGUCUCGUUCAGAAGACCAAGCAAUCCAAGGAGGAAUUAGUGGAGGAGAAUAAGAACCUAAAGGAAGAGAUAACUAACUAUGAGUCACAGAAGAAUGCCGAUAAGAAGUGCCUGAAAGCAAUGCAGGAAGUUGUGGAGUCGCUGACGGAGAAUAAAUUAAAUUCUACAAUAAAAAUCAGUGAACUCGAAGGAAGUGUAAAAUCCUUGGAGAAGAAGCUGAAGGAAGUUUCUCUUGAGCGGGAUAAGUCCCUGGAGGCGCUGUCAAUUGAGAAUGAGGCUUUCAAGAGGCAAAUUAAUCGAUUAACUGAUGAAAAUGAUUCCCUGGCUGCUGAUGUCACGAACAUGGAUGUGAAGCUGAAGGAAGUCAGCAAGAUUGGCGUUGAGCAGCAAAAUCUUCUGAUCCAGCUGCGAGAAGCCACCACCAGCAGGGAGCAAGAGAGUCAGCAACUUGCGCAGACUCAGGAGAAACUCGCUAAGCUCACGGAAGAAAAUACAAAACUCCUCGAAGACUUGAAAGCCACGAAAGAAGAGCAAAAUAGGAAGAUCGCUGAGUGCCAGGAAGAAGAGAAGAAGGCAAAGGAAGAACUGAAAAAAUCCAGUGAAAAGAUGAAGCUGUAUAGAAAUAAAAUCGUUGAGAUGUCUUCAAAACUGAAGCAGCUCAAGAAGUCCUACAAGACUGUCGUUGAAAUUGUUCGAGAGUAUUCCAUCACAAUCCCCGCAUGGCAGCAGGAGAUGCAGAAAGUAGCUGGGAAGAUGCAGAAAUUCAUUGAAGAGAGAGAUUUGGAAGUUGAGAAGUUCAAGGAGAAGAUUCGUGAGUUAGAAGGGUUGAGUGAGAAGCAAAACAAUGAAGAAGAAGCAAAAGAACUCGAAGAAUGCAAGAAAGUAAUUAAAGAUCUUGAAGAAAAGGCAAAGAAAAUGGAAGAGGAAUUCGCAAGAAAGGCGGAAGAAUAUGAAAAAUCUAAUAAACAGUAUUUAGAAACUGAAAAUCAGCUUCAGCAGAAGAUAGAGAAGCUCACAGAAGCACUAAAUGAUAAAGAAAAGCAUCACGAAGAAUCAAAUAAAGCCAUUGAAGAUCGUUACAGGGAAGAAAAUGAAAAAUUGCAGAAGGAAGAUCAGGAACUUAUAACGAUAUCCCAGCAUUUAGAGGAAGAAUUGAAGACAAUUAGGGAAAAUUUUGCCAUUCAGGAGAAAUCUCUGCAGGAAAACUCACAAAGCAUCAUUGAAAAUCAAAAAGAAAACAUUCAAAGUCUUCAGGAGGAAAUUCAAAAGCUAACUGAAGAAUCCCAGAAAAUGGAGGAAUUGUUAAAGAGGAAAGAUGAAGAACGGGAAACAAUGGCAAAGGCCUUAAGAGAAGAGUCUGAGAAUGUCAUAAAGAAUCUUCAACAAGAAAUCCAAGAAUUAGAGAAAAAUUCCCAAAAUCUUGCAGAGAAACUACGAAGGAAGGAAGAAGAACAAGCAUUAGCGGAAUCAAUGCGAAACGAAUCAAAUAAUCUCCUUCGGGAUCAUGAAACCAACAUUCAGAAACUCCAGAAUCACAUUCAGGAACUAACUAAAAAGUCUGAGAAUCUAGAAGAGGUGCUAAAGAGAAAGAAUGAAGAAAACGUGGCUCUUACAGAAUCCCUGGAAAAAGAAUCAAAGAAUAUCAUUGAAAAUCUAAGGCAAGAGAUCCAGAAGCUUCAUGAGGAACUUCAAGGAAUUACCGACAAGUAUCAUUCCUUGGAGCAAGAACUACAGCGAAAGGAUGAAGAGCAUACAAAACUAUCGGAAUGUUUGCAACAAAAGUCGGAGAAUAUCAUCCGAGAUCAGGAGACAAACAUCCAAACACUUCAAGAAGAAAUCCAGAAACUUUCAGAACAUUCUGAUUCCUUGGAGAGCAAAUUGAAUGAAAAGGAAUCACAGAAUUCUCAAAUGGAGGAUGCAUUUACAGAGAAAUCGAGAGAAUUGCAAGAAAACCACGAAAAGAAAGUGAAGGAACUUCAAGAAAUCAUCCAGGAACUUACAAAGAAAUCCCAGGAAAUAGAAGAAAAACUGAAGGAGGAACAACUCGUUAAAAUGGAAGCUUUUCAAUCACAGAACUUACUUGAAAAUCAAACGAAAGAAGUUGAAGGAUUGCAAAUCAAACUCCAGGAAGUUGAGAAAGUCAAAGAGCAGCAAUCAAAUCUUAUUCAAGAACAUCUUGAACACCAGAAAGCCUCCAAUUCCAAAUGUCAAGAACUAGAAAACCAGCUCCAGGAGAAACAGGACGAAUGUCUAAAACUAAAACAGAUCCUUGAAGAUCAGAAAAUGAUCAUUAAUGACAUUCAACUCAAAGCCCAGGAAGGUAAUGACAAAUCAGCCGAAUUAGCUGCAUUGAUCCAGAAAAAGGAGGCAGAGAGUGAAGAUCUAACUAAGUCCUUCGAAGACAAGCUGAGAAUAAUCCUAGAGAAGCACGAAAUGGACACACAAAGCUACCAAAAAGCAAUAGAUCAGCUGGAAGCAAAAUCCGCAGAACUUGAAAUAAAGAUUCAGGAGAAAGAUCAAUUGUUGGAGGAAAAGUGCAAAGAGCUCAAGGAUUGUUCUUCAGCGCACAAACAAAAGCUAGAAGAGUUGGAGUCACGUUAUAGGCUGGAAAAUGGAGAUCUCCUGAAGGAAAUGAAGGAAAUCAAUGAGGUACUUAAGGAGCGUGGGGAACUCAUUUCCAGGCAACAAUUGGAAUUAGAAACAUUCCAGACAACAACUGAAAAGCUAAAAAUGCAACUUCAGGAAGCCGAACUGAGGAUUGAAGAGCUCCAGAAACGUCCUCUGGCAUCGCCUGAUUCAAUGGCAUCCACAUCUCAGACGCAUCUUGCAGAGUCCACAGAAUCUUUAGAGAAUUUCGAGGAGAAAUACGCAAAACUCCGAGUUUUGGCUACGAAGUUGAAGAAGAAGGUCAGUGAACAAGGUGUGCAAAUAGCAAACUUGGAAGCAGAAGCAAAGGAUCGUGGAAGUCUUCAAAAGGAGAAUGAGAAAUUGCGAGAAACCGUUGAGCGUCUUGAUUCUGCUGAUACAGGUGAUGUGAAGUCCUUGAAGAAAGAAAAAGAAGCCUUCUUGAUAACUCAGCGGCAACUUCAGAAGGAGAUUGAGGAACUCCGGAAAAGUCUAGCUGAUAGCAAAGCUCAGCAUAAGGAAGCCGUCCAGAGGGAGCAAAAUGUAAAGAGUGAGCUGGAAAAAUCAAAGGCAGCUGCUAAGAAAUCCAACGUUCUGUCCCUGGAAAUUGAUGCCUACGAGAAAUCUCUUAAUGAAGUCUCCCAGAAGCUCGAUGCUAAGAAACAUCAAGUUAAGGACCUCGAAGCAAGUCUCGAGAGUCAAAGAGAAUCGAUAAAGACUCUAAAUGAUCAGAUUCGUGUCCUCGAGGAAAGUUUUAAAUCCGAACAGAAUCACUCGGCUGAGUUGAAGAAGCAAAUUGAUUCGCAACAGAAGAAACUCCGUGAGAGUGAUCAUGAGAAAACAGAGCUACGUCUCAAGCUCGAUCAAGCGAAUAAGGCAAUCGAUGCUGGACGGCAAGAUCUUGAAGAAAUACGUGGUCAAUUGUCGGAAAAGGGUCAAGAGACUGAGAAAGUCGGGUCGAUUUUGCAAGCAGAGCGAGAUAAGUUUGUUCGUCAAGUUUUCAAUCUUGAAGAGGAAGUUUCACGUCUCCGAACUGAAAUAUCGGAAAAGUCUAAAGAACUCGAAGAAACCCUUGCAGAGUUCUCCAGCUAUAAAGUUCGCGCUCAGGCAGUUCUAAUGAAGCGUCAUGAAACAAAGGAUACAAGCCGGGAAAGGGAGCUUGAGGAAGAAGUCGCUGCUCUUCAGAGUACCGUUGAGAGUCUCAAUGCGCGUCAAGCAUCAAUGAAACAGCAACACGAUGAGCUGGAAAGGAUGGUUAAAGUCUUCCAGGAUGAGAAAAUCCGCACGCAAACGCGGUUGAAGGAACUAUCAAUUCAGCUUGAAGAAACUCGCCUAACAAAUGAAGGUCUUAUUGAGGCAAACAAGAAGCAAUUGCAGGAUCACCAAGAGGCGCUCAAAGUUCAACGGCAGCACAUUGAGACGCUAAAUGCCUGCUUUAAAACCCAAAUUGAUGAUCUGCACGAGAAGUACUCGAAGGAGCUCGCAAAUAUCCGUGUUCAGCCGGAAGUUCCGGACUCGUCGAAUGCAUCGGAGGUUCGUAGAGAGGAUCGUUCAAGAUUCCCCUUUGAUAUCGCAACGACAGAUGAGCAAAAAAUGGACCUAAUGCUGAUGGAGCGGGAAGAUGGUGAAGGGUCUGAGAAUACAUCACAAUCUUCGCAAGUUGUGGCACGGAAGACAAGUAGAGGACGACGGGAUUUGAUCCCAUUGGAUGAAUUGCUGAAUUCUCCUUUUGAAGAUCAUGCGCCAGCCUAUGAAGGGGCUGCGUCCAUUUCACCGAAUGCCGAACUUCAGGCCACGAAGGAGAAGCUCCAAGCGAGUGAGAAUCACAUUAAACACCUGACAGCUCUCCUGGCGGAAGCAGAACAAGAUCUAGCAAAGUUGAGUCAACUAAAUGAAAUGCUAAAGGAGGAGGUACGACGGCAGCAGAGAUCACUAGAACGGGAGAGUCACAUGCAUAAUUCUGAGUAUCUCAAGAACGUCAUCUUUAAGUUCCUAACCCUGAGCCAAGGGGAUGAGAAAGCGCACCUGGUGCCUGUCCUCAAUACCAUCCUCAAAUUAAGCCCAGAAGAGACGCAGAAACUGCAUUCAGUGGCACGUGGGGGUGAUGGAAUUGGUUGGGGGAGCUUCCUACCGAUAUGGUCGAAUCAUCAGUAAAUGAAUUUGUCGAAAAUCGUUGGAAUUUUGUAAAUAAAUAAUAAUUUUAAAUAUUAAAA